AUGCCGGUCAUUUCAUCAACGCAACGCAAGCCGCUUCUUAUCGCAUUAGCCAUUGUCUUUUUGUUUGUCAUCUUCCAAACGGUCCCCAUUCAAUUCCAGCGAACAACAUCAACAACAACUCAAUCCAAUGCAUGGACGUCAUCGUCGAGCGACUCAAUGUCAGUAGGGCCACCUACCACAACGGCUCCAUGGCAAAACAAGACUCGGGCCAAUGCUGCUUUUGUCAUCUUGACAAGGAAUUCAGAGCUCGAUGCACUUCGCAAGACUAUGCAGCAGUUGGAGGCUCGUUUCAACAGCAAAUACAAUUAUCCUUAUGUCUUCCUUAACGAUGAGGAUUUCACUGACGAGUUUCGAGAGCUGACGACAAGUAUGACAUCUGCAGAAACUCAUUAUGGUAUCAUCCCAAAGGAGCAUUGGAGUUAUCCCCCAUGGAUCGAUGUUGAGAAAGCUGAUCAAGCCCGUCAACGAAUGGCUGAACAAGGUGUGCUUUAUGGUGAUAGCGUAUCCUAUCGACACAUGUGCAGAUUCGAAAGCGGCUUCUUUUAUCGUCAUCCUCUCAUGCAAAACUUCGACUAUUAUUGGCGUGUGGAACCAAGUGUUGAAUUUUACUGCGAUCUCGACUAUGACCCCUUUUUGUUUAUGCAAGAAAACAACAAGAAAUAUGGCUGGACCAUUUCGUUGCUCGAGUUUGAAAGCACGGUCCCAACGCUGUGGGAAACAACACGCGCAUUCAUGAAGGAACAUCCAGAAUACAUCCCCAACAACAACUUGCUCAACUUUAUCUCUGAUAAUGGUGGUGAAAGCUACAACCUGUGUCAUUUCUGGAGCAACUUUGAAAUCGGUGAUCUCAACUUUUUACGAAGCCCUGAAUACACAGCCUAUUUCGAAUACUUAGACAAGGCAGGCGGUUUCUUUUAUGAAAGAUGGGGAGAUGCGCCCGUACACUCGAUUGCCGUGGGGAUGUUCCUCAACAAAUCAGAAGUUCACUUUUUCGAUGACAUUGGGUAUCGUCAUGAUCCUUUUAUGCAUUGCCCUACAAACCAAAACACACAAAAGAAAUGUCAUUGCAACGCAGAGGAUAAUUUCGACUACACGCCAUUCUCAUGUAUGAACAGAUGGCAGGCCGCAUGA